AUGCCGCCCAAGACCAGUACGAAGACGAAUGAUCGCCCAGGUGUGCUGCCCGUCAAUGCCGCUGUUAGAGCUGCUUCCACCAAGACUCCGGCUGCGCGCUUAAAGCUCGAGAUCCGCCGUCUCCCACCAGGACUGACCUUGAGCGAGUUCGAGGAGACACUGGGUGACGACUGGAAGCUUAGCAAUGGCAAGGUUGACUGGCGCGAAUACCGUCAAGGCAAGAUCAAAGCUCCGGGCAAGGUACCUGAGCAGAGUAGAUGCUACCUUCACGUCGUGAACGAUACACUUGUUAGGGAGUUCGAACAGCGCUUCCUGCAAGUUUUGUUUCAGGACAAGGCUGGUACGCAUCGCAAUCCGGAUCUGAAGUUCCUUCCGCCUACGCUGGGCUUUGCGCCGAACCAGAGAACGCCGCUGCAGUCUAAGAGCCGAGCGGACAAUAGGCAAGGCACGAUCGAUCAAGAUCCGGAGUUCAUUGCUUUCCUGGAGGCGGAGACGCAACCUCUAACUAAGCCAGGAGCUCUGGAUAUAGUCGGUGCAGAGAAGGAGAGAGUGGAGGUCAAGACUACGCCGCUGAUUGAGGACUUGCGGGAGAAGAAGGCCAACAAAGCCAAAGCCGCGGCAGACAAGGCGGACAAGAAGAAGGCUGAAGAGAAAAAGGGCCCACCCGGCAGUGACACGAAGGACGUUGCGGCGGAGAAGGAUGGGACCGUCAUGCAACAGAAAGUGCAGCAGGCUGCAAAAGACGCGGCUAAGGUAUUAAAUAAGCAGGCCUUUGCCAAGCAGCAGAGUUCCGUCGAUACUACGCAGCCGACAACAGCAAAAGCUGCUGCGAGUGCACGGCUAAAAAAACCGGCGCAGUCUCCCAGGCAGCAGAAUGCUACGCCUAGGCCGCGCGCAACUGCUGAAGGCAUCAAAAAGAUGCUACAGAAAGAUCUCGGCAUCAAGCCAAAACCAACACCAGCCGCACCAGCAAGUAGCGUGCAGCCAGCGUCGCUACCAUCAACCACACCCACUGCUCCGUCAGCGCAGGGACCUACACCACCUAUCCCCACAGCACCCGCGGCGUCCAGACCGUUACCUUCCAGCUUACCUCAUCCCGCAACAACAAAAGCCUAUCUCAAGCACGCCAACCCCAGCCAAGGCAUGACAGAAAUGCUGAUCCUGCGCGCCCUGUCCGAGUACGGAGAGGUCACCAACGUUACGAUUGAUCCUCGCAAAGGCACUGCGAUAGCUGUCUUCAGCACCAACGAAGGCUUGCAGAAAGCCAUGCAAGCCAGGCGUGUGCCGGUGGCGAACGGUGCGGUGGAGGUGCUGGAGUUCAAGGACGCAGGUUUCAGGAGUGGUGCAGGACCGGCGCCUAGAGGGAGAGGUGGGUACCGAGGUGGGCGGGGAGGUGCUCCUGCUGGACGAAUGGGUGGCAUGCCGACGCCGCCACCCCCGGUAACAUGA